UCUGUCUGAGGCAGCGGACAGCCACAGGAGAUAGAAAGACAGAGGACAAGCUAAGUCUAGCAUGUUAGAGAGGCAAAAGGGAAGCCAAACAUCACGACUACUCAAGCAGAGAAGCUGUACACCAGCCGAUAACAGUCUUCCUCUGCUGUUUCAGUGUGAACCUCCGCCCUACCUGUAGGUGGCAGCAGUGGGUCUGAUUAGUUCUUCAAGUACCAGGUAUUUAAAGGAAGAAGAAACUCCUUCCGGAAACGUGCAGUCAGCGGUUAAGUUUCUGAAGCCUGAUCCGCUCAAUCGGUGUGUGUGCAGCUCUCUCAUUCUGGUCCAUCAGUUCAGAUACUCCUCAGAGGGAUGCAGAGUCCUGGAGGCAGCUCUGAGCCUCGUCCUCUGUUUGGGGGGGCUCUGUCAGCUGUCAUCCCCCCCAGCGCCACAGACAUCAGCGAACUGAGGGAGAUCCCGGACAACCAGGAGGUGUUCGCCCACGCACACACCGACCAGAGCCUCAUAGUGGAGCUGGUGGAGUACCAGGCUCAAGUGGCCGACCAUGACGCGCCCAGGUAUCACUUUGAGGACAUUGCAGGUAGUAACAAAGCUUUGGAGCCUGGAGCUUAUGAGGUGGCCAGCGUUGUAGCCCUCCCCAAAGCUGAGCUGUCCCUGUCAGAGAGCAGCUCUGCCUGGAUGCUGACCGGGACCCAGUGUGUGUCCAAAUUCAACGAAGAAGCAAAGAACACAGUGACCCUCCACCUCGGCCUGUUCCGUCUGCCACAGGUUUCCACAGAUAUCCUGGUUACCUUCAAUGACCCACAGGCUAUCAACCCCGAGAGCAGCAGCGCCACAGCAGAAGAAACACACACAGAGCCAUGGACGCUGCUGGAUUUCCAGCGUAUGUUACAGUCCCUGACUCUACACGCCCCAGGGCUGUUUGGAUGAAACAACCACAAACUGGUCAAAGUGGGACUUUACAUGACUACUCUUAGUCUCAGUCUAUGACCAACACAUUUAAACACAUCUGGAUUUGUGUGUGUCUGGAGCCAGCAAGGUCUGAUCUGACAAAAUGAACAGAUUUGGUUUGGCUUUAAUGGCACGGAAAUAUAAGGACAAAUAUCUUAUGUAAAGCUUUACUUUGUCAUAAUAAACAUUUUGGAU